AUGGCGUCCUCCGUGUUCUUCAAGUUCAAGUCUCAAAAGGAGCCGACGCGAGUUGAGUUCGAUGGCACCGGUAUUUCCGUCUUCGAGCUGAAGCGCGACAUCAUUUUGAAGAGCGGCUUGGGAGAUGGUACCGACUUCGACCUUGCUAUUUACUCCGAGGAUGGCAGUGAGGAGUACGAUGAUGAUACGACCAUUAUCCCCCGAUCUACGACCGUAGUUGCUCGUCGCCUUCCAGCCGCCAAGCCUGGUGCAGGCCGAGGCGCCCGAUAUGUCUCUGGCAAGAUGCCCGUUGCUGCGAAGAAUUCCUCCCGCAAAGAACAGACCACCAAAUCAGCCACAGCCAAGGCCGCAUCCAACGCCAUUAGUCAGAUGAACAAUGCCAUGACGGAAGAAGAGAAGAUGGCAGCCAUGUUCCAGGCCCAAACCGAGUCUUGGUCGGCCCAACAGGAGGAAAUGUCAAACCAAACCCCUGUGUUCAAGCCAGGUUCUAAGAAGCCAGCAAACGUGCCUGACCAUGACCCUCCCAAUGGCUACAUUUGCUAUCGCUGUGGAGAGAAAGGUCACUGGAUCCAGUUGUGCCCAACGAACGACGAUCCAGAUUUUGACAAUCGUCCACGUGUGAAGCGCACGACUGGUAUUCCGCGGUCAUUUUUGCGCACAGUGGACAAGUCGGUUGCCCUCGCCCAAAGUGGUGACGACGAGACCAAGAGACCAUCAGGCAUCAUGGUCAAUGCCGAGGGAGAAUUUGUGAUCGCUGAGCCUGAUAAGGCUUCAUGGGAACAGUUCCAGGCCAAAGCCAAGUCUUCAGCGUCUGCUGCCAAGGCAAUCGCUAUGGGAGACAAAGAAUUGCAGGACCAGGGACUUGAGUGUCCUAUCGACAAGAAGAUGUUCAUAGACCCAAUGAAGACCCCGUGCUGCCAGAAGACGUAUUGCAAUGAUUGCAUAACCAAUGCUCUCAUCGAAUCGGACUUCGUCUGCCCUAAUUGCUCUACGGAAGGUGUCUUAAUUGACGACCUCAAGGCUGAUGAGGAAGCUGCGGAGAAGAUGAAGGAGUUCCUCAAGGAGAAGAACGAUGCAAAGAGCCCGACAGCAGCCUCGCCGCCGCCAGCCUCGUCGCCCAAGGAAAAUGGAGAGACAAAGACAGAAUCAGCCAACGGAAUCGCCAAAUCGCCCACAUCGCAAAAGUCCCCUGCCGCCACAGUAGCAGCUCCUGCCUCAGCGCCAACAGGCCCGAAAGCCGAUGGCACGCCAAAGUCGACAUCAGCAACUCCUGCCACCGCUCCGUCCGGCCCCACCGCUGAGCGCGCGUCGUCCGUGGAGUCCAACUCCAAGAAGCGCCCUGCUGAUGAGUUGAUGGAGAACCCUAAGAUUCCGAAGGCUCCGAAGGCGAUGCAGAAGCAACAAGAGCAACAGCAAGCGAUGAUGAACGGCAUGAACGGCAUGGGCAACAUGCCCAUGGACCCGAUGAUGGGUUUCGGCGGCAUGAACAUGAUGAACGGCUUCAUGGGAAUGCCAAACAUGCCCAACAUGCCAAACAUGGGCAACAUGGGCAACAUGGGUAACAUGAACAUGGGGAUGCCAAUGAUGGGCAUGAUGAACCCUAUGAUGGGCAUGCCCGGCUUCAACCCCAUGAACGGCGGCGGCUUCCCUGGUAUGGGCGGCAACAACAACAUGUACGGCAACAACUUCGGCGGUAACAUGAACGGCAUGAAUCAUAUGAAUGGCAUGAACGGCAUGAACGGCGGAAUGAAUGGUGGCGGGAUGAACGGCGGCGGGAUGAACGGCGGCGGCAUGGGUGGCUAUAAUCAGCAACAACGCCACAACUUCACACAGCCCAGCAACGACGAGGACGCGUACUUCCGAAGGCCGGUGAACCCUCACCGUCACCAGAACCGGCAGAAGCGUGUCCGCCCCAGCGACUACAGAGAGCUGUGA